AUCUAACGGUUCCAAUAAGCUUCAUGGGGCCUAAUCGGAUGGUUCAAGUUCAACAACCAAAGUCUUGUCUGAGUCUCUCUAUUUGGUUUUUUUGAUGUCUUUUAAUUCCUUGGAAGACUUAAUUCACACGUUGUUGCUGAGAAGACAAGAGGGUAGAGGAGAUUGCUUUGCAGCUUGAGUAUAGGAUAUUGAAUCAGGUGGGUAAUUUUGGCUGACAGAUGCAUUCUCCUAUGGGACAAUCAAAAGCUUCAAACCGACCUCAGACAAGAGGUUGUGGAAGUGUAAAUCAAUUUCAAAGGAGAAUAGAUAAGAGGAAGAAAGACAAGAAGAAGGGAUUUCAAGGGUUGACAGCUGACCUGGAAGAGAUGAUAAAAAGGUUGAUAGCCGAGUACUCUCAAGUUCCUGCAAGAGCUCUGCAGCAAGAAGAAAAUUCUGAUUCCCACUCGGUUAACCAGGCCCAGGAUCCUCAGGGGAUGGACUCUAAUAUAGGAGGAACUCCUGAGGAGCUUGAUGGGCUGGGACUUCACGAUUUACCGGACGAACUGAUGUCCAAUGAAUUGGAUACUAGCGAUCCUGCUGUCCAACCAAACAUGACAUUGGCUGAAUUCCUCAUGAAAAUCGAUGAGGAUGUUCAAAGCAAUGUUAAUAUCUCCAACUUCAUGAUUUUUUUAGAGGGGGAGCACAAAACAAUUGGAAGAUACAGCUUCCCACUCUCUUUGGUUCCGACCGUUGAAAGGCUUGUUAGUGUCUAUGGUGAUGUUUCAGCUUCGAGUUUAAUGAACCCCAUUGUUACAGGCCAAAUCUAUAUAGUUUUCUGUGCUACAAUCAAAGAGAUGGAGCAUCUCCACCUUGAUCAGCUUUCACUAGAGAAAAUGUUGAAAUGGCGAGAUGCCAUCAAGGAUGCUCUCCGCAUCAAUUUCAACGUGGAUUUUGCCAUGAAUCAUCUUAAGAAAAUAGCGCGGGCAUAUUUCGGCCUGGCAGGAACACAAGUACUCCAGAGCAUAGAUGACAAAUUGGAGGCCUUGUACCAGGAACGUGCUCAAACAUACGAGAGUUUCCAGGACUGCCUGGGUGAUGCAGAGGACUUUUCUGGCAAGUCUGUCAGCACUGGUUUAUUUCCUUAGACUCUCCCAGUAUACCAAUAACGGAUUCGGAUAGACACGUAUCCAUAUCCGAAUACCAUAGAUUCUAGGUGUGCGGUUCUUUACUUUUCAACUUGUUUCUUCUUUUACUUGUGUGGUUUCUGAAGUUGCAGAUGGGAGAUGGGAUUUUCUCAGAAGAUACUAAUGUUGAAGAGUUCUACAGGUCACGUUUGUCACCCCAGUAACAGUACAGUUUACUCACCUUAGCCAUACUGUUAUUAACGUGCAGUGCGUCAUCUGUAUAACUCUUCAACAUCGUCAGAGGUUAAGUUGAAACAUAUUUUUGAUCCCUAACUUAAAAACUUAAAAGCUUUUCAGGUUAAGGGAUCAAGAAUGCGUUUGGAUCUAAUCUCUAACAGAGAUCCAUCUCUAACAGAUACACUCAUCAUUGUGUAAAAGUCAGUUUUGUACUGUGAAAUACUCUAGUAGGAUUGCCUUGUAUGUUUAUGUUUGAAUACUUGCUCCAUGAACUUGAGCUUUGUCAUAUGUAAUAACAAUGGCUUUUGAGUUUUGCAUAAA